GUUGGAAGGUACAAUUCCAUACUACUUAACACCAUGUCGAUGACAAUUUUACCUUUAGAGUUAAUUGAUAAAUGCGUUGGAUCAAAUUUAUGGGUGAUUAUGAAGACCGAGAGAGAAUUUGUGGGCACUUUGGUUGGUUUUGAUGAUUAUGUGAACAUUGUUUUGAGAAAUGUUACUGAAUUUGACACGAUCAAUGGUACAACAGAAAAGCACUCAGAAAUGCUUCUAAAUGGAAACGGAAUGUGCAUGUUGAUACCAGGAGGCAAGCCUGAAUAAAAGUAUUUAUGUAAAUAUUUCUUUCCUUGUUGAAGUUUUCCAAUGAAAAAUUGUCUGAACGCUUAGUAUAUGAAGGUGAUCCAUCAAUUUUGAACCAGAUGUAUAACAUAAACAAAGAAGACGAAAUAUGAAUUCAAUGGAUAGAUGAAUCUUUACUUUACCUUACGCUUACUUAUCGUAUACCUGAAUCUAGAGAAGGCUUUCUCUAGAUUCUGCAUUGAUGAAAAGGAGUUUCGUACUAUUGAAAGAAAGUGAGCUGUGAAUAAAAUUCAAAUAUAUUCAUUAAUUGAAGAAACAUUGAGCCACUAUUAAAGAAAGUUGGAAAAUUGAAUAUCUUCGCAAGACUUAAAUGAAAAAAAAGCAGCGAUCCAAGUAUGGAAGAACGUUUUACUUUACAUUCAGUCCAAAUGUAUUAAACAUGUUUAGCUUCGCUGAUAAUAAAAAGAACAAAGACAUAAAGACCAAAAAAAAAAGAAAGCAGUCAUCCCUCCCUUUUGGUAUUUGCAGGAUAUCUUUCCAUGACAUGGAUGAAAAUAUCAAGCAAGCAUUAUUUGUGCUGUCCAUUGCUUUCGAGAUUCAAGUCAAAUGAAAACUUAACAAGUUAAUAAACAAAUUUUGCAUUCGUAUCGUCCAAGGUAGGGAGCGAAUGAUAUACCCGACAGACAAGGACUAUAGGAAGAUGUCGCUUCUUUGAAAAGCAUUGUUUUUUCAGGUUUUUUCGAUGUUUGCUGGCUUCUUAUGGGUUGUUUGAGAAACCAAGACAUUGUGGAAAAGACUGGUAUCAAGAAAAAGACAUUUAAAAAAAAAUAAACAAAUAAAUAAAUGGAAGAAUCAAAGCCAACAGAAAAGGGUUUUGAUCCUCAAUGCCUGGACAAGAGUUAUGUGAUUUAUGGCUAGUUACAGCAAUAACUCUGAUUUUAAAUACUUGCUUCUAUUAUGCUGGAAACAAAGGCCCAUUUAUAAAAAGCACAAUUGAAGAAACAAUUUGGAUUACAAAGCAAAACAGGAG